AUGAAACCUUCCUCGUCAAGCAUCGUGGUCAGUGUUCAGUCGCGACUUGCUCUCUGCAUGGAGUACUCGUCCACAUAAACAUGAAAUAACAGUGAGUGCAUAAUACUUAGUUAUAGUGAUAAUAGUCAAAUGGUCUCAACGUAAAGUCCGUAUUAUAUUCACCUUGAACUUAAGUUUUUUAUACAUUUUGUGGGUUUUCCUCGUAUUAAGUGUGAACGCGAUGACUUCAAGAUAUUUUGUGUUUUUUGCUGCGUGCUUCGCCCUAGUUGCAUCAUCGGACCUGGCAAUAGACUCUCAAGUCUUGCAAGAUGUGUUCGGCUACAGACCCGGUCAGGCCGCUCCCGUAGCAGCCGCCUCAAACAUCCAGGCCUCCGCUGUGAAGCCUGCUGAUGAGAAUGGUACCCUGGUGGAUCUGGACUACUGGGACUCGGAUAUCUUUAGCCCGGCGCCCGCGGAUUAUGAUAAAUUUGAUUGGACAUUGACGAAGCGCGUCGCUUCAUCAUCAGACCAGAACUUCCUGCUAUCUCCCCUCGGCUUGAAGUUGGCGCUGGCCAUCCUAACUGAGGCUGCUACAGGAGUCACGCAGAACGAGCUCUCGUCUGUCCUGGGCUUCGAUCUAGACAGAAACCUAGUCAGGAGGAAGUUCUCCACUAUUAUUGAGUCUUUGCAGAAAGAGUCUCCCCAAUACAUCCUGAACCUCGGCAGCAGGAUCUACAUCGCCAACAGUGCUCAACCCCGCCAGAGGUUCGCAGCCAUAGCUCAGGAGUUCUACAAGACUGAGCUUAAGACUGUUAACUUCUUGGAGCCGGCUGUGGCUGCUAAGGACAUCAACACCUGGGUCUCUAACAUCACUCAAGGACGCAUCCCUACUUUGGUUGACGAAGAUGACGUAACCGGCAUGGUGGUUCUGGUCCUGAACACCCUGUACUUCAAGGGCAGCUGGCGUCACCAAUUCGCUCCAAACGCGACGAAAAAUGGCCAGUUCUACGUGACAGACAAAGUUCAGAAGACCAUUCCAUUUAUGAAUGUCAACGACAAAUUCUAUUACACCGAGUCUGCGAAGUACGAUGCUAAAGUCUUGAGGAUGCCUUACAUGGGCAACAAAUACGCGAUGUACAUAAUAGUGCCGAACUCCCUGAUGGGUCUACCUCGCGUGCUGACGGACCUGAGUGACUUGCGCCAGGAACUGAACAAUCUUCGGGAGUACCUCGUCGACGUUACGCUGCCGAAGUUUAAGUUCGACUAUACUUCACAGCUUGAUGGUGUCUUAAGAGAGUUGGGUGUAAGAGCAGCAUUUGAAGACACAGCGUCGUUCCCCGGCAUCGCUCGUGGUCAGCUGCUCGACCAGAGACUGAAGGUUUCCAAGGUGCUGCAGAGAUCUGGCAUCGAGGUCAACGAACUCGGCAGUGUUGCUUAUUCUGCUACUGAAAUAUCCCUGGUGAACAAAUUCGGUGAAGACACAGAGGCUUACGCAGAGGUGGUAGCCAACAAGCCUUUCUUAUUCUUCAUACAAGAUGAAGCCACGAGACAGUUGCUGUUCACAGGCCGAGUGGCCGACCCUUCCCUCGCUGAUGGUGCCUUCAAACUAAACAAACCGUAUAUAAAUAAAACCUCCAUUGCAGAACUUGUUUGGUAUUCAAAACGAAAAGGUUGUAUGUGUCAGCUCGUGACGUCACAUUUCUUGUUUCUUGACUCAGUCUGUUUAUGUACUGACUUGUUUGUGGUCGUCGGCACUAGCGUCUACCGCCGUGUUAUACGAUUAUGUGAAAAUAGUUUAAAGAAAACCUCCAAAAUGCGUGGAAUAAUAGCUACUGUUUUAAUCUUCGCUUCAUUCCAAAGUCUGGACUGCUUGUCCCACGUGUCAAAUUCUCGUCUCAAUUUUUUUGAUAUCGACCUCUUUCGAGCUGUGACCGAAGGGAAGAGCGGGAACAUCAUGAUCUCUCCAGCCAGCAUCAAGUCUACUUUAGCAAUGAUAUUAGAAGGUGCAAGAGGUCCGACUGCUAGUGAAAUACAAACUGCUUUGAGACUGGCUCCCGAUAAACAUGAUUACAGGGAACAGUUGAGCGUUUUUAUGAAGGAUUUUGAGGUAAAAACAUCAAGUGUGACUGUCCAAAAUGCAAACGCCAUAUUUAUAUCAAAGAAGCUUCAACUGAAGAAAGAGUAUGAGAUGGCGGUAAAACGCUCAUACUUUGCAGAGGUGAACAAACUGGACUUCGAGAACCCUGAGACUGCGAAGAACUUCAUCAACGGCUGGGUGAAUAAGAAGACUAGGGGGUAUAUACCCGAUAUUAUUGAUCAAGCUCAAAUCAGCCCAGUUACAGAGCUCUUAGUGACAAACGCACUAUACUUCAAAGGCACCUGGCUACACGAGUUUGAGCCUAGCCGGACUCCCACCGAGUGCUUCUACAAAAACGGUGUCUGUAAGCAAGUCGCCAUGAUGGAUCUAGAUACUGAACUCAAUUACGCCUUCGUCGACACUCUGAGGGCACACGCUUUGGAAUUGCCGUACCAAGGCAACCGUUUCUCCAUGUUCAUCCUGGUGCCACAAGAUCGGGACGCCGGCCAGGCUCUUAUCCGCGACCUGCCGUACAUCGGGCUGGCCGGCAUCAUGGCGCUGAUGGAGAAGACUGAUGUGCUUCUCACCAUGCCCAAGUUUACCGUGGAGUAUGAUGAGGAUAUGGUCGCAGCUUUGCAAAAUAUGCGCAUCACAACUCUAUUCACUCCUUCAGCAAACCUGUCGGGCAUUUUCGAAGGGACCCCAGCUUACCUGAACAGUAUCUUCCACAAAGUCUUCAUGUCUGUCGAUGAGACAGGAACCAUAGCUGCAGCGUCCACAGCUGGCAUGGUGGUGCCGCUGAUCUUCAGUCAAGUCCAGCUGAGGGUAGACCGACCCUUCGUCUUCUUUAUUUAUGAUAACGACAACGGAGUGGUCCUCUUUGAAGGAAUGAUUGAAGACCCCACUGAAGUUGUUGAUAUGGCUGAAAAUAUGUUCAAUAGACAUGGUUCCACUGUAGUUCCAGAAGCGCCACCCCAAGCUGUCCGAACUCAGUCUUCACAGAAAUUUAACGAUACCACCUUAAUAAUGACUCCAUCGAUACCCAUUCCUCCGAUCUAUCCUAGCCUCCGCCAGCAUUUUGAUCGUCAGCCGUCGUCAAACAAACCAAGUAGCGAAAUGAGCACAGAUUACCCUUACACUCAAGAAACGAACGAAGACCCAACCCCAGACACACAAACAAACACUCCAACUACGAAGACUGAAAGGUACUGGUAUCAAAGAUUUACUGAGUUUUUAGGUUAAAAAAUAAUGAUAGUCAUUUUACGACAGAUUUCAAUAACUUAUCUAUCUUUUGCUUGCUUGCUGCAGAUAAGAAUUUGACAUAAGCAUAUCCAAAGACAGAUAGGUAAUUGAAAUAUAGAUUAGUGUAGGAUCAAAUCGUUUAAAUAAUUUAAUUUCAGAAUGCAAGGUAAAAUAGAUUAAGAGAAUUUCUGAAAUAAUUGUUAUCAUUGACCAGAUUGCUCAUGAAAUGGUAUAGAACAAAUAUUGUUAUUUCGUAAUGUGAAUUAUAUGUAUGACAUUGUGA